AUGAUUCUACUCGCUCUCGGCUCUGGAAGACGGCUGGAUUUCGUGCAUCACACGGGGGCGGUUUUUUUGCAAACCUUCCUUUGGAUUUUAUGUGCUGCUGUCUGCGGAACGGAGCAGUAUUUCAAUGUGGAGGUGUGGCUGCAGAAGUACGGCUACCUGCCUCCGACAGACCCCCGGAUGUCAGUGCUGCGCUCAGCAGAGACCCUGCAGUCUGCCCUGGCAGCCAUGCAGCAGUUCUAUGGCAUCAACAUGACGGGCAAGGUGGACCGGAACACCAUCGACUGGAUGAAGAAGCCUCGGUGUGGGGUGCCUGACCAGGCAAGAGGUACCUCCAAAUUCAGCGUCCGUCGGAAGCGAUACGCAUUAACAGGCCAGAAAUGGCAGCACAAACACAUCACGUACAGUAUAAAGAAUGUAACUCCAAAAGUAGGGGAACCUGAAACUCGUAAAGCAAUUCGACGAGCCUUUGAUGUGUGGCAGAAUGUGACUCCUCUGACAUUCGAAGAAGUGCCCUACAGUGAAUUAGAAAAUGGCAAACGAGACGUGGAUAUAACCAUCAUUUUUGCUUCUGGUUUCCAUGGAGACAGCUCUCCUUUUGAUGGAGAGGGAGGGUUUUUGGCACAUGCCUACUUCCCAGGACCAGGAAUUGGGGGAGACACUCAUUUUGACUCUGAUGAGCCAUGGACACUAGGAAAUCCAAAUCAUGAUGGAAACGACUUGUUUCUCGUAGCAGUUCAUGAGCUGGGCCACGCUCUGGGCUUGGAGCACUCCAAUGACCCUACUGCUAUCAUGGCCCCUUUCUAUCAGUACAUGGAGACCGACAACUUCCAGCUGCCCAGUGACGAUCUGCAGGGUAUCCAGAAGAUCUAUGGUCCACCUGACAAGACUCCUCCACCGACUAGACCUCUGCCCACGGUGCCCCCACACCGCUCCCUUCCCCCAGCUGACCCCCGGAGGAAUGACAGGCCCAAGCCACCCCGGCCACCCACGGGCAGACCCUCCUACCCUGGGGCCAAACCCAACAUCUGCGACGGCAACUUCAACACACUGGCCAUUCUCCGCCGGGAGAUGUUUGUGUUCAAGGAACAGUGGUUCUGGCGUGUGAGGAACAACAGGGUCAUGGAUGGGUACCCCAUGCAGAUCACUUACUUCUGGCGUGGCUUGCCUCCUGGUAUCGACGCAGUGUAUGAAAACAAUGAUGGGAAUUUUGUCUUCUUCAAAGGUAACAAAUAUUGGGUGUUUAAGGACACGACUCUUCAACCGGGUUACCCACAUGACUUGAUUACACUUGGAAGUGGAAUUCCCCCUCAUGGUAUUGAUUCAGCCAUUUGGUGGGAGGACGUUGGGAAAACCUAUUUCUUCAAGGGGAACAGAUAUUGGAGAUACAGUGAAGAAAUGAAAACCAUGGACCCUGGCUAUCCCAAACCCAUUACAGUCUGGAAAGGUAUCCCUGACUCUCCCCAGGGAGCAUUCGUGCACAGGGAGAAUGGCUUUACCUAUUUCUACAAAGGAAAGGAGUAUUGGAAAUUCAACAACCAGAUACUCAAGGUAGAACCUGGAUAUCCCAGGUCCAUCCUGAAGGACUUUAUGGGCUGCGAUGGACCAACAGACAGACACAAAGGACACAGCCCGCCUGAUGAUGUCGACAUUGUCAUCAAACUGGACCACACAGCCAGCACUGUGAAAGCCAUUGCCAUUGUAAUUCCAUGCAUCCUGGCCCUGUGCCUGCUGGUACUGGUCUACACCGUGCUCCAGUUCAAGAGGAAAGGGACUCCCCGGCACAUACUGUACUGUAAACGCUCCAUGCAGGAGUGGGUGUGA